CCAGAGAGCAAGUGUACGGAAAGAAACAAGUCUGGUCAGUUUGAACAGUUAGGGUUAGGGUUAGAACAGUUAAACAGUUAGGGUUAGAACAGUUAAACAGUUAGGGUUAGAACAGUUAAACAGGGUUGGAACAGUUAAACAGUUAGGGUUGGAACAGUUAAACAGUUAGGGUUAGAACAGUUAAACAGUUAGGGUUAGGGUUAGAACAGUUAAACAGUUAGGGUUAGAACAGUUAAACAGUUAGGGUUGGAACAGUUAAACAGUUAGGGUUGGAACAGUUAAACAGUUAGGGUUAGAACAGUUAAACAGUUAGGGUUAGGGUUAGAACAGUUAAACAGUUAGGGUUAGAACAGUUAAACAGUUAGGGUUGGAACAGUUAAACAGUUAGGGUUAGGGUUACAGCUGAAACUGAGACACAUAGUAGUGAUAUAAGGACGGUUCUUAUUUAUUAUGGUGCGGUUUUCUUUGUGCCCUAACCCUAAUUAACCCUUUGAUGGGUGGGGGUGGGGGUCUGAUGCAGAGGAUGGAUUACAGUAAAACUGUGGUGGUGACAGGAGGAUCUGGGUUCAUAGGCUCUCACCUGGUGGUCCACCUGGUCAACACACACCCAGACUGGAGGAUUAUCAACCUGGACAAUUUGGAUUACUGCUGCAGCCCCAGGAGUCUGGAGUGUGUGGAGGAGCGAGCAAACUACACUUUUAUCAGGGGGGACGUGUGCAACCCCAGGGUGGUCCAACACCUGUUCAACUGCAACAACGUCGACAUCAUCUUCCACCUGGCAGCGAAGACGCAUGUCGAGUCUUCCUUCCAGACCCCCUCCUCGUUCCAGAGGGUCAACAUUGAAGGGACCCGGGUCCUGCUAAAGGAGGCCCAUCAGGUCCAUCAGGACCGGCACCGGCUGCAGCGCUUCAUCUACGUCAGCACCGACGAGGUCUACGGAGCCUGGUCUGAUCCGGGUCUGGACCAGCUGGGUCUGGACCAAGUGGGUCUGGACCAAGUGGGUCUGGACCAGCUGGGUCCGGACCAGGUGUUUGAUGAGUCCAGUCCAAUGAGACCCAGCAACCCCUACUCUGAAAGCAAGGCAGCAGCAGAGGACCUGGUCUACUCCUACUGGACCAGAUACAAGUUUCCCGUCUUAAUCACCAGGAGUAACAACGUCUACGGUCCUCGUCAGUUCACUGAGAAGGUCAUUCCCAGAUUUGUCACACAGUUACAGAAGAACCAGAAGUGUACCAUUCAAGGAACUCUCCCCAAAUCCCGACACUUCCUGUUUGUUGACGACGUGGUCGACGCCUUCCUGCUGCUUCUGGAAAAAGGCUCAACAGGACAAGUCUACAAUGUGGGCACCAGCUGUGAGAUUCCCAUCAUGCAACUGGCCAGAGAACUUAUUAAGAUGGUCAAGAAGGUUCCGGAUUCUGAACUCAACGACUGGAUGGAGUUUGUUCCAGACAGGCCCCAGGUGGAUCUGCGGUACCCCAUCACAUGUCAGAAGCUGCAGCAGCUGGGCUGGAGACCACAGGUGUCCUGGACCGAGGGGAUCCAUCAGACCGUCAAAUGGUACCAAGACAACCCAAACUUCUGGUCCGACCCCGGUGAGCCCAGCCUACUGGUCUGACCCCCCAGACCCCAGCCUACUGGUCCGAACCCCCAGACCCCAGCCUACUGGUCCGACCCUGGUGAGCCCAGAGUGAAGUGAUCCUGAAAAUGCUUCCAGAGGAGAACAUGAGCACUGCCCCGGUCCUGGACUGUCAGGAUGUGGACUGAGACCAGACCUGGUCCUGGUGGACUUCAUUAUUGGACUACAGCUCCAAACAGGAGCUGAUGGAAAGAACUCAAACCUGUUUCCAUGGUUUUGGACCAACAGUGCCAGCCAAUGGGAAGGUGGGGCCUCCUUUUACCAAAGCAGAGUUUCACCUGGACAUAAACACAGUUCAUCAGUGUCACUGUUGGUUUGAAUGGAGUUUGUUAAUAAUUUAAUGUCAUUAAAAAGGUUUGUCUGAUCCAAACAGACCCAGGAACAUGCAGCAGCUCCCUCUGCAGGUUCUGAUUGUUCUCAGUUGUUGUUUCUGUGAAUAAAUCUAUUUUCCUUCA